AAACUAAUACAACGGUAGAAUUUAUUUUAGUAAUAUAUUGUAUUAUGCUGUGUUAGACUGAGAAAAAUUAACAUGGAAUAUCAUGUUAUCGCUAACGCUUUUCCCCCGCCUUCCGCGACCAUCUAGGUUAUGUAAACUACGCAAGAGGCGGCCAUUUCUAGUUCCGUAAAAAUGCCUAUAUUUUCUGGUUCAAAAACGGCAUUGUGGCGUUAAAGAGUUAUAACAUAUAUAUUUAAAACUGCAUUUAAUAUCUUUCACGUGUAUUUUCGGUAAGAACAGUGUUAACUUGUGAUACCGAGAAAAUUUUGCCGGACGCAGGACGUCGGCGGGUAGUUCUCUUUUUUUUUGAGCCGGCGCCAUUUUGAUUUUUUCGUCUCGGCAACAAAGACCGUCGUCGAGUGUAGGUGUUUCUCGUACACGUUUGUGGAGUUACAAUUUUUGUUUAGAAAAUUGAGGCCCGUUGAAAUGGGAGAUCCCGCCAUGCACAGAGAUUGUCCCCUCGACUGUAAAGUCUAUGUGGGUAAUUUGGGGAACAAUGGAAAUAAGACAGAACUGGAGCGAGCGUUUGGGUACUAUGGCCCACUGCGCAGCGUUUGGGUGGCAAGGAACCCACCUGGCUUUGCCUUUGUCGAAUUUGAAGAUCCACGUGAUGCAACUGAUGCUGUAAGAGAGCUGGAUGGAAGGACAAUGUGUGGGUGCCGUGUUCGUGUGGAGCUAUCCAAUGGAGAGAAGCGAUCGCGGAACCGGGGUCCACCCCCGUCGUGGAGCCGUCGCCCACGGGAUGACUACCGGCGCCGCAGCCCACCACCCCGGCGCAGAUCACCUCGGAGGAGGAGCUUCAGCCGCAGCCGAAGCAGAUCUCUCUCAAGAGACAGGAGGAGGGACCGAUCGCUGUCACGGGACAGGAACCACAAACCGUCACGUUCCUUCUCUAGGUCACGAAGCCGUUCCCGUUCUAACGACAGGAAAUAGGAAUUGAGAUCAUGUGUGAAGACAAUUAAUCAUCCUUAGUUUCAUGUGAACUGUGAGCUCUACAUCUUUUUUCCUU